AUGAUGGCGGAGCAGGUGAAAUGCGCCUCGCCGGGGACGGGCUCCGGCGCGGGCUCCGGGCCGGUGGUGAACGCCGAGCUGGAGGUGAAGAAGCUGCAGGAGCUGGUGCGCAAGCUGGAGAAGCAGAACGAGCAGCUGCGCAGCCGGGCGGCCAGUGCGGCAGCCGCCCCGCACCUGCUGCUGCUGCCGCCGCCGCCGCCCUCCGCGCCGCCGCCAGCCGGGGCCUGCAGCCCGCUCAGCCCGCUCACCCCGCACAGGGCCCCGGCUGGCACGACCACCUCGGGCCCGGGGGCGCUGGGCCCCGCGUUCCCGGGCACCUACUGCUUGCCCAGCCCCGCGCCCUCUCUGCUCUGCAGCCUGCCGCCCGCAGACGCGCCCUUCGUCUACUCCAAACCCGCGGCGGGCUUCUUCGGUGGGGGUGGCAGCCCGGAACCGGGGACCGCGGGGACCCCGCCGGGGGAAGCCCCCGCGCCGCCCUUGCCGCCUCCAACGCUGUUGGACGAGGUGGAGCCGCUGGACCUGGACAGCUUGGCCUCCUGGAGCGAGGAGGACGACUACACCUGGUUAUAUAUUGGCUCUUCAAAGGUAUUCCCUUCACCAGAGAAAUCCCUGAGUCCUUUGCAGUGGUGUAGACAUAUCCUAGACAACCCAACUCCUGAGAUGGAAGCAGCCAGACGCUCCCUCCGCUUCAGACUGGAGCAAGCGAGCCGAUGGUGGAGCGUCUUCUCCUCACCUGCCUCCCUGGCUCUCCCCUAUAGUCCCGUUGCGAGACUCAGCCCUUAUAGCAAUGGCAUUAGCACUCCCAGCUCCUCUAAAACCUCCAACAAAGCAAUACUAACACCCGAAAGAACAGGUUACACCUCCAGGGGCUCCCCUCUCAGUCCCCAGUCAUCCAUUGACAGUGAGCUGAGUACUUCAGAGCUGGAAGAUGAUUCUAUAUCCAUGGGAUAUAAGUUACAGGACCUCACUGAUGUUCAGAUCAUGGCUCGCCUGCAAGAAGAGAGUCUCAGGCAAGACUAUGCUUCCACUUCAGCAUCCGUGUCCAGACACAGCUCCAGUGUGUCACUGAGUUCAGGAAAAAAAGGGACAUGUAGUGAUCAAGAAUACGACCGGUACAGCUUGGAGGACGAGGAAGAAUUUGAUCAUUUGCCACCACCUCAGCCUCGCCUUCCGAGGUGUUCGCCUUUCCAAAGAGGAAUUCCCCACUCACAGACUUUUUCCAGCAUCCGUGAUUGUAGGAGGAGCCCCAGUUCCCAGUAUUUUCCUUCAAAUAAUUUCCAGCAGCCACAGUAUUAUUCACCUCAAGCCCAAACUCCAGAUCAGCAGCCAAAUAGGACCAACGGAGAUAAGCUACGAAGAAGUAUGCCUAACCUGGCCCGGACACCAAGCACCGCCACAGUCAGCAGCAACCUUAGCUCUCCUGUGACCGUGAGGAGCAGUCAGAGUUUUGACUCCAGCUUGCAUGGAGCUGGAAGUGGGAUCUCAAGGGUACCAUCCUGCAUCCCAUCACCAGGACAGAUUCAGCACAGAGUUCACAGCGUGGGGCAUUUCCCGGUGCCUGUCCGGCAGCCCCUGAAAGCCACAGCCUACGUGAGUCCAACCGUUCAAGGCAGCAGCAGCGUGCCUUCAUCCAAUGGCAUGCAGCUGUACGGCAGCACGGGAAUCCCUACUCCCAACAAAGCUGCAGCGUCCGGGAUCCUGGGCCGCAGUGCCCUUCCAAGACCUUCACUGGCAAUAAAUGGGAGCAACCUGCCUCGGAGCAAAAUUGCACAACCUGUCAGAAGUUUCCUGCAGCCCCCGAAGCCCCUGUCUUCGCUCAGCACACUGAGGGAUGGGAACUGGAGAGACGGCUGCUACUGACGCCCUCUUAUGGACCCUUGAAGAAUGAGACAGAAGUGAAAAUGAGGGUUGUGUUACCUAGCUGGCUGGGUAACAGUGGAUGCCGGGAUAUUCUUCCCUUUCACACGUUAACAUACGUACUGCGUUGUUUUUCCAUGGACCAAUCACAGAGACUAAUGAUUGCACUUACUCUCUGCCCGAGAUACCGCAGCAUUCUCAAAAUCCACGGUUGCGGUAUCGUGACACUUAGAUCUAGGAAGUUUUUGUAGAACUGCUCUGUACCUGAAUACUUUUUGAGAGACUUGAGACGUAUCAAUAA